UCUGAACCCAUCAAGUGCUGUCUGUAUACUCCAGAGGACGAAGGAAUGGUGUCAUGGAGGCAGCUGACCCCUCACCUGCCUCUCCUCUGCAGAAAAAGGGACAGACUUCUGCUUAUGUCCACGGCAAAACUUGCUGCAUGGUUCCUUUGCAACAUAAUCACCAGUGUAGCAUGUGAAGGAUCACACAUUUUCAGUCUGUGAAAAGGUCUUGAAGAAAGGGAGUGAAAGUCAAAAAGAUUCCCUUCCAGGAAGAGAGGCAAAGACAAAGAGCAGAAAACACUGAGACAAACAUGUUCAUGUCUCCAAGGAGUAGACUGGCCUCAUUCCACCUUUUUGUUUUUGGAUGGCUGCUACGCUCUGUCCUGCUUUAGCCAAUUCAUGCAGCAGAAACAGAGUAGAGGGGAAAACAAGUAACCAAUAUAUGUAUCAUCCAUAUUUGUAAGUUAAGGAAGGUGCACAGCAAAUGCUAAAGGAAAAGCUAAUGAUCGGAGUUAGCAGUUAAGCCUUAAGAGGUUUUGCAGAACAUAGAUUACUGCAAUUCUUCAUGUUGCCAGGUUACAGUAGCCACCUACCAGUAGUGAUAGUGGAGCAGAACACAAAAUGAAUACAGUGAGAUUCAGAUUUAGAAAUCACUGCUUAUAAAGCUCAGUCAGUUUUAAGGAUCAUUUUCUAGAAAACCAAACACACUUCACAUUAUUUUUGCACUGGCAUAUAUAGUUCUGCUUAAAAGAAUCAGCUGGGCUUCAUUUAUAAAUAUCACAAUGAAAACAAACUAGAGCCAGCAGCACAGUCAAGCUCAUCUCUGCCCAUUCUGCAACAUGUCUGCCAAUGUGCACUUCCAUUGCACAGCAAGGUGAAGAUUCUCUGAAGAACUGAAAACAAUGCCUAAAUCAAGCCAGGGAUAGCUGAUAAACAUUUCACAACUCCUCAGUCUACCCCUACAAACCUCACUGAAAACAAGGAAACAAAUUAUGAAUCAUUUGCUGUCUAAUCAGAAUCUGAAUCACAAGCAAAAACAAAAUAGUAUGGACCUAGAAGCAGUUCGGGCACUCUGAUGUGGGACACAGCAGGCUAUAGGUUGUUCUGUUGAGCCAGAAAACCAACAAUGAUGGCAGUGGUAACGACUGGUUGGAUUUUCCCCAUCUUACAGCACCUCGCAGGUCCCUUCUCUGAGCAGUACGUUGCCUGAGUGAGUAGAAACACAGAGAUCAGCUGCAGGUUUCUAUCUUCAAUAACAGAUACAGAGGGAAAGGGGAAGGGUUGGAAAAGGAGAGACAAAUAUUGACUUGGCCUUAUAGAAAGACAUCCAGCGACUGAAUAAAGAAGCCCUGUUCAUGUUUUGGGAUAUUCUUUCAACUGGCUGGAACCAGAGUGGAUCAAAAGAAUGGGAAAUGCCAGCAGACCCUUUAGAAGAAUUGCUUAUUUCCUAUGCCUUUUAUGUAUGCUUUUGCUGACUGAAGGGAAGAAAUCAGUGAAGCCAAAAUGUCCUGCCUGGUGUACUUGUACCAAAGAUAAUGCUUUAUGUGAAAAUGCCAGAUCUAUUCCAACCAGCGUUCCGCCUGAUGUUAUCUCACUAUCCUUUGUGAGAUCUGCUUUUACUAAAAUCCCAGAAGGGAGUUUUUUGCUCACACCGUCUCUGCAGCUUCUGUUAUUUACAUCAAACUCUUUUGAUGUUAUUAGCGAUGAUGCUUUCAUGGGCCUUCCUCAUCUAGAAUAUUUGUUCAUCGAGAACAACAGCAUUAAGUCAAUUUCAAGAAAUACUUUUCGAGGACUGAAAUCUUUAAUUCACCUGAGCCUUGCAAACAAUAAUCUCCAAACACUUCCAAAAGACAUAUUCAAAGGGCUGGAUUCUUUAACAAAUGUGGAUCUUAGAGGGAACACAUUUAAUUGUGACUGCAAACUGAAAUGGUUAGUGGAAUGGCUGGGUAGCACCAAUGCAACAGUUGAAGACAUUUUUUGCGAAAGUCCACCAGAAUAUAAGAAGCGUAAAAUCAAUAGCCUCUCUCCAAAGGAAUUUGAUUGUAUUAUUACAGAAUUUGCUGUUUAUGAAUCCCUGCCAUAUCAGUCUCUGUCAGUAGAUACUUUCUCCUACAUGAACGAUGAGCAUGUGGUUAUUGCCCAACCUUUUACUGGAAAAUGCAUCUUUCUUGAAUGGGACCAUGUAGAAGGGUCUUUCAGGAAUUAUGACAACAUUACAGGUACUUCAACUGUUGUGUGUAAGCCCAUAAUUAUUGAGACUCAGCUGUAUGUCAUUGUUGCCCAGCUCUUUGGAGGCUCCCAUAUUUAUAAAAGAGAUAUUUUUGCUAAUAAGUUUAUAAAAAUUCAAGAUAUUGAAAUUCUUAAAAUCCGAAAACCCAAUGACAUCGAAACUUUCAGGAUUGCAGAAGACUGGUAUUUUGUUGUUGCAGACAGUUCAAAAGCUGGCUUUACCACGGUUUACAAAUGGAAUGGAAAUGGAUUUUACUCCCAUCAGUCUCUGCACGCGUGGUACAGAGAUACUGAUGUGGAGUAUCUUGAAAUAGCCGGCAAACCUCAUUUAAUUCUGUCUAGUAGUUCCCAAAGACCUGUAAUAUACCAAUGGAACAAAGGAACAACUGAAUUUGUUAAGCGUCUCGAGAUCCAAGAUAUGGAGGAUGUGUAUGCAGUGAAACACUUCAGAGUGAAAGAGGAUGUGUACAUUUGUUUAACAAGAUUUAUUGGUGAUUCCAAAGUAAUGAAAUGGGGAGGUUCAGCAUUUCUGGAUUUACAAAGAAUGCCAUCCCGAGGGUCAAUGGUAUUCCAGCCUCUUCAGAUAAACAAUUAUCAAUAUGCCAUUCUUGGAAGUGAUUACUCUUUUACUCAAGUCUAUUAUUGGGAUACUGAAAAAGCAAAAUUUGUGAAGUUUCAAGAAUUAAACAUACAGGCACCAAGAUCUUUCACACAUGUUUCCAUUGAUAAACGCGAUUUUCUCUUUGCUUCAAGUUUUAAGGGAACUACAUUAAUUUAUAAACAUGUCAUAGUUGACUUAAGUGCAUGACACUCAUAAUUCUGAGAUUACAUCAGACUUUCUACCAUAAGUGGACAACAUGAACUAAAUGCAUGAUGACUCUUAUCCUACUUCCAGAUGAAUGCCUUUAAAAGUUGAGAUUGCUAGAACCAAGUAUUACUAGUAUCUUCAUCUUUAAUUGUCAAGUCUAGUGGUGUUGGAAGUUGCAUUUUUUAACAAAAAGAAAUUAAAUUGUUAACUGUUCUUUGCAUCCACAAUAUGUAAAUAUGCGUGCAACUGCAUCUGUUGCUAAAAGUAUUAAGAUGUACUUUUCCAUUUAUUUAUUCACCUGUUUGACAACAACUGCCAAAUAAAAUGUUUACAUUUUCUGUCUUUCACAUUCCAAAUAUGAUUAUUUACAGGUGAUCAUUUUUAUUUGUGUAUAUAUUAUACACAUAUAUAAUAAACAACAAGGUGUGUUGUA